CAAGCGGCUGGAGCGGCGCCAUGGAGCAGGGGGCGCCGCGGCAGCCUGAGCUGGGCCAGGCGCCCCCAGAGGAUGAGAAAGAGGUGAUCCGCCGAGCCAUCCAGAAGGAGCUGAAAAUCAAGGAGGGUGUGGAGAACCUGCGGCGUGUGGCCACAGACCGCCGUCACCUGGGCCACGUGCAGCAGCUGCUGCGGUCCUCUAACCGCCGUCUGGAGCAGCUGCAUGGCGAGCUGCGGGAGCUGCAUGCCCGCAUCCUGCUGCCCGGCCCUGGGCCUGGCCCGGCUGAACCUGUGGCCUCAGGACCCCAGUUGUGGGCAGAACAGCCAAGGGCUCGGCACUUGGAGGCCCUACGGAGGCAGCUGCAGGUGGAGCUGAAGGUAAAGCAGGGGGCUGAGAACAUGACCUACACAUAUGCCAGUGGUACCUCCAAGGAGAGGAAGCUCCUGGCAGCUGCCCAGCAGAUGCUGCGGGACAGCCAGCUGAAGGUGGCCCUGCUGCGAAUGAAGAUCAGCAGCCUGGAGGCCAGUGAGUCUCCCGAGCCAGGCCCUGAGCUGCUGGUGGACGAGCUGCAGCAUCGACUGCGCAUUGAGGCUGCUGUCGCCGAGGGUGCCAAGAACGUGGUGAAGCUGCUUGGUAGCCGGAGAGCACAGGACCGCAAGGCCCUGGCUGAGGCCCAGGCUCAGCUCCAGGAGUCCUCCCAGAAACUGGAUCUCCUGCGGCUGGCCUUGGAGCAGCUGCUGGAGGGACUGCCUCCUGCCCACCCUCUGCGCAGCAGAGUGGCCCGAGAGCUGCGGACUGCGGUGCUUGGGAACCCCCAGCCUUCAGGGACACUUGUGAAGCCUACCGCCCUGACAGGGACGCUGCAGGUCCACCUCCUGGGCUGUGAGCAGCUGCUGACAGCUGUGCCUGGACGUUCUCCGGUGGCUGCACUGGCCGGCAGCCCCUCUGAGGGCUGGCUUCGGGCCAGGGCCAAGCAGCAGCGUGGCGGAGGCGAGCUGGCCAGUGAGGUGCUGGCCGUGCUGAAAGUGGACAACCGCAUUGUGGGCCAGACAGGCUGGGGGCAGGUGGCCCAGCGGUCCUGGGACCAGACCUUUGUCAUCCCCCUGGAGCGAGCCCGGGAACUGGAGAUCGGGGUGCAUUGGCGGGACUGGCGGCAGCUGUGUGGCGUGGCCUUUUUGAGGCUCGAGGACUUCCUGGACAAUGCCUGUCACCAGCUUUCCCUCAGCCUGGUGCCACAGGGGCUGCUCUUUGCCCAGGUGACCUUCUGUGACCCUGUCAUUGAGAGGAGGCCCCGGCUACAGAGGCAGAAACGCAUUUUCUCUAAACGCAGAGGCCAGGACUUCCUGAGGGCUUCCCAGAUGAACCUCAGCAUGGCGGCCUGGGGGCGCUUGGUCAUGAACUUACUGCCCCCCUGCAGCUCCCCAAGCACGAUCAGCCCCCCCAAAGGGUGCCCCCAAACCCCGACUACACCCCGAGGUGCCUCUGACCCUGCCUCCCCCAGUAAUUUCCUGCCCAAGAGAACCCCCCUGGGAGAAGAUAUGAAGGCCCCACCCAAGCCCCCGCGCCUCUACUUGCCCCAGGAGGUGACCCCUGAGGAGAUUCCGCGCACCAAACGCCCCCACAUGGAGCCCAGGACUGGACUCGGGCCGUCUCCACCAGCCACCCCGACCAGGAAACCCCCCCGGCUUCAGGACUUUCGCUGCUUGGCUGUGCUGGGCCGGGGACACUUCGGGAAGGUCCUCCUGGUCCAGUUCAAGGGGACGGGGAAAUACUACGCCAUCAAAGCACUGAAGAAGCAGGAGGUGCUCAGCCGGGAUGAGAUAGAGAGUCUGUACUGUGAGAAGCGCAUCCUGGAGGCUGUGGGCCGCACGGGGCACCCCUUUCUGCUGUCCCUCCUUGCCUGCUUCCAGACCUGCAGCCACGCCUGCUUCGUGACGGAGUUUGUGCCCGGCGGUGACCUCAUGAUGCACAUCCAUGAGGAUGUCUUCCCUGAGCCCCAGGCCUGCUUCUAUGUGGCCUGUGUGGUCCUGGGGCUGCAAUUCCUACACGAGAAGAAGAUCAUUUACAGGGACCUAAAGUUGGAUAAUCUUCUGCUGGAUGCCCAGGGUUUCCUGAAGAUCGCAGACUUUGGGCUAUGCAAGGAAGGGAUUGGCUUCGGGGACCGGACAAGCACCUUCUGUGGCACCCCGGAGUUCCUGGCCCCCGAGGUGCUUACCCAGGAGUCCUACACGCGAGCCGUGGACUGGUGGGGACUGGGUGUACUGCUCUACGAGAUGCUGGUGGGCGAGUGCCCGUUCCCAGGGGACACCGAGGAGGAGGUAUUUGAUUGCAUUGUCAGCGCAGACGCCCUGUACCCCCACUUUCUAUCAGUGCAAGGGCUCGAACUCAUUCAGAAGCUCCUGCAGAAGUGUCCGGAGAAGCGGCUAGGGGCGGGCCAGCAGGACGCUGAGGAGAUCAAGAGCCAGCCAUUCUUCAGGACCACCGACUGGCAGGCCCUGCUCGCCCGCACCGUGCUGCCUCCCUUCGUGCCCACCCUCUGUGGCCCCGCAGACCUGCGCUACUUCGAGGGCGAGUUCACAGGGUUGCCGCCUGCCCUGACCCCACCUGCCCCCCGCAGCUCCCUCACUGCCCACCAACAGGCCGCCUUCCGGGACUUUGAUUUUGUGUCACAGCGAUUCCUGGAGCCCUGAGGGUCUCUCUCAGCCCCCCUCCGUCUCCUGACCCCCCCAGACUGCUAGAACCUCCACUCGCCCGCUUGUGUGCCCUGCCACGGGGGCCCAGGCCUUGCCUGGGAGCUAUGAGCCCUUGGGACUCAAGGUGGUGGCCAUAGGGUUACUCUCCUAGGCUUUGCGCAGUGUCACUGGGCAGUGUCCCUUCCCCUCCCACCCACCCUGCCUCCGCCUCCCAGUGAGACCUGAACCAGAAGGAGGACUGCAGCGAGGAAUGUUUUGGUUUGUCUUUUUAAUACUUGACUUGCUUUAUGGAUUAUUAAAUUUGUAAAACUG